GGAUUUAUUCAAGAUGAUGUCAAAGGCAGUUGUCCUGUGGAUUGUGGUUAUCUUGGUGCUUUUAAACGAGGUGAUAGGAAGUGUAACAGCAUGCAAAUCUGUGAUAAAGGAAGCGGGAAUUUGCCCCAAGAUUGACUGUCCAAAACGUGAUGUAAAAUUCUGUUUCGUCAAUGUCACACUGAAAUUUGAUGAAGCUCAGUUGGAGAGCAUUGUGAAGUGUGACGCUUACAAACAUCAGAACCUCAACCUACAAGAACAUCUUACAUCCAUCCUGCAUGAACUACACCAGCUCUUUCUGCUUGGAUUCUUCAUAAUCAUUCUACUCUGCAUGCUCAUCAACCUAAUGUAUAUCAUAACCAUACUUCCACUAAUGUUAGUUUUAUUACAUGCAUUCACACGUUGAAGUAUUACGGAAUGAAGGGAUGGGAUUAUCUAGAAAUCAGCAAAUUCCCCCCAAACAGCACCUGAAGUCAAACCAUCUGGAAAGGAAAUUAUAUGAUACAGCAGUACCUAUAUUAUGAUAAUGUGUUAAGUAUGUAUGUAUGUAUGUAUGUAUGUAUGUAUGUAUGUAUGUAUGUAUGUAUGUGUGGGUGUGGGUGUGUGUGUAAAAGAAUGUCACACAUUGAAUUGUGUACAUGUGAUUUUAUUAAUAGUUUACCAUCCGCAAAAAAAUGUCUAACUAUUUGUCAGUCCAUUGUCUCUCUCUGCCUGCCGGCCUACCUGCUAAAACUUGUCCACAGACUUUGGCAAACAAUGUUAUCUUUCAUUUGCCUGUUUGCACUUUGAACUAGGUUUGUCACAUGCAGGUUAUGUGACCAGGUUAGUCACAUACGUACAUCUAUUGAGAGCAUAUCCCCUAUGAAUUGGUUAUGCUAAGUUAUUUAUUUAUAAAAUGUUUUUGGUAUAGUAUUUAUACAGAGUUAUUAAUUAAUCAUAUAUGAUAUAUUUUUCGUUUCUGUUCUUCUUGGUGUUUAUACGGUUAUUAAUUAUUUACCAUAGUAUAUAUAUUUUUUGUUUUCUGUUCUAUUUGGUG